UAUAUUCAUGUCAAUAUUGGCGGGAGAUGCUCACGAAAGAUGAAAUGCGUAAAAUAAUAGCGUAAAAGUUUUAAAUUUUUCCAUUACCUUGUUUGUUUUGAAACAUUUCUGUUACGAAAAUCUGUAAUUUUUUAAUUAUAUUAUUCCAUUUUAAUUGCACAAAUUCACAAUGAGUAAAACUAAUUUAAAUUUAAUCGCAGCGGCAUGUGAAAACAUGGGUAUUGGAGUGAACGGCACUUUACCUUGGAGAUUAAAAAAAGAGAUGGCAUAUUUCACCACAAUGACCAGCAAAGUGCGAGAUCCCUCUAAAAAGAAUGCUGUUAUUAUGGGUCGUAAAACAUGGGACAGCAUACCACCAAAAUUCAGUCCACUGAGUAAUAGAGUCAAUAUUGUUCUCACUCGUAAUGUGGAUCAAGUGAAAUCAAAGGUACCAGAAAGUGUGGUGGUGGUGCCAAGUUUAGAUGAAGCUAUCAAAUAUAUUGAGAGCAGGGAAGAUAUAGAAUUAACAUGGGUCAUUGGAGGGUCAUCAGUGUACAAGGCCUCAAUGGAAUAUCCGAAUUGUUAUAAAAUCUAUCUCACAGUCAUAGAGAAAUUAUUCGACUGUGACACCUUCUUCCCGAAUAUAGACGAUCAGAGAUUCCGACUAAUCCAAGAGGAAGAUGUGCCAACUGAGAGGCAAGUGGAAGGUGAUAUAACUUACUUAUACAAGGUGUACAAGAGAUUGUAGUUAAGUUUGCAAAUGAGAACACUACUGCAGCCUGUUUUAAUAGAAAAUAAUUAAAAUGUAAACAAACAAAUCAUUGAACCCACCAGACCUGAUAAGACAGUCGGCUGAUGUCCAAUUCAAAUUAAAAAUAAAUUAAAUUAUUGUAUUUAUUACUCAUUUGUUCGCAUUGAUACCUGCUGCUGGUUUUCACCACCAUACAACCAGCCACAAACUAAAGUUCCAUCUCAACCAUCUGGACGAGUGGCGGUCCUCCACCGUCUGUUUUUCAAGGAACUUUCUUCCACGCACAACCACUCUUUGGAAUCAACUUCCAGCAGCUGUAUUUCUGAACCGAUACCAAUAUAUUCCUUUUUAAAAGGCCGGCAGCACACCUGCAAUGUCUCUGGUGUUGUAAAUGAUCAUGGGCGGCGAUAGUCACUUACCACCAAAUGCGCUGCAUGCCCCUGUGUUAUAAAAAAAAUAAUUAAAAAGUGCUUGUGUGCUAAUUUAAAUUUUACUUGAUUAAUUUUCUAUUAAAUUGUAUUGAAAGUAAUAAAUUUUUUAUGGGAAUUAAUCUAUAGAGGUUGACAUUAAAGUUUAUAACAUUCCUUUUAUCAGAAUGUUCUCUCACCUGAAACAAUAAGUAUAUAUUUCCCAAAGGAAUCUCCUUACUAAUAACAAUUAAUGUAAAAGUGAGUUUGUUUGUACCAUAUAGGGUUUUAACGGAUUACUCGAAUUUCUAUGAAAUAAUUGUACUAUAUAUACGUACUGUAUGGGAUGGGAAAGGACAUGGGCAACUUUUUAUGCCGGCCAGGCGGACAAAGAAUAUAAAUAAUAAUAAUGCAUUUUAUAAUAAUUUACUCUUGUAAUGAAAGGAGAGAAGAGAGAUUGGCACUUUUUUACAUUUUGUUUUUUAUGGAAUCUCAUAUAUAUGGUUAUAGAUAUGAUGAUAUAUGUAUCAGGGGUGGCCGACUAGACUAGACUAGACCCAAAAUCUACUGUUAUUGUUGUCAUUACCCUUAAGGUUGUCUUGAAAAGAUUGCUCUCAACAAUAAGACCGCCUUACUGUACUUAUACAAUUGUAUCGUUGUGUUUGUAAAUUGUCUCGCUUAUUUCCUAUAUUGUAUAAUGCAAAUAAAGUAUACACAUUCAUUCAUUCUGUUUACUGAUG